AUGACCCCGACUGUCCCAGCCACGUUCCCUCCCAAAUUCUUGCGCACCCCCCGCCUCCUCCGGGAGCCCCCCCUGCCCGGCCCCGGCGAGGGCAGCGCGGGGCGGCCGCUGCGGGACUCCAUGCUGAAGCACCCGCUGGAAGACGCUCACCCGGCUCCUCCUGGCCUGAAGGAAGACCAAGACCUGGACUCCCAGGUCUCCUCCGCGGGGUUGGGGACCAUCCUGAGACCCGAGGAGCCCAAAUCCCGCUCUUACUUCCAGAGCGUCUCCGUCACCAAAGUGACUCUCCCUGACGGGGCGGUGGAGGAGCGCCGGACCGUGCAGGACAGCCAGGGCCGCCGGGAGACGACGGUGACGCGCCGGAGGGGGGACCAGGCCUUCAUCACCACCACCAAGGAGGACGGGCAGAGCAAGGACUACCGGGAGGAGGUGGUCAACAUGGAUGACCGGGAGCUGGCGCAGUUCGCGGGCACAUGGCCGCAGCAAGACGAGCUCCGCGCUCCCAACCUGAGCGACCCCUCGUCCACGCUGGGCAGCUUCUUCCGACGCUGGUUCUCGAGCUGGUAGCUGUGCCCUCUCCCGGCUGAGCACCCUGUAUGUGUGA